AUGUUUAAAUCAUCCAUUUGUAAAAUUUCUCAACUUCAUAGUACUUAAAUAUACUUUUUCGGCUAAAAAUUCUUAUUUUUAUUCGGUGCGCCUGGUGUAGGUAAAGGAACCUACGCGAAAUUCUUAAAAAAAGACUUAAAAUUAAACCAUAUAUCAACCGGAGAUGAAAUAAGAAAAAUUUUAAAAGGACAAGCUGCAUCCACAUUUAGCCCUGCACUAAAAAACGAAAUAAAGUCUAUUGUCGAAUCUGGAAAAUUAGUCAAUGAUGAUAUAGUAAUUAAUAUAAUUAAAGAAAAAUUAAAAGAACCAGAAAGUACUAAUGGUGUAAUUUUAGAUGGAUUUCCCAGAACAGUUUCUUAAUUGUAAAAAUAUGACGCAUAAAAGCUUCCAGUUCAUCUAGUUGUUAAUUUGACAUUAAACUAAUCUGUUUUACUCGAGAAAUUAAUGGGAAGAAGAGUGUGUAAUGGAUGUGGAAAUACUUACAAUUAUUGUUCUAUUAAUAGAGAUGGAUAUGAAAUGGAACCUCUUUUACCUAAAAAAGAAGGAACUUGUGAUAAAUGUGGGUCAAAGGAUAUUGUUACUAGAGCAGAUGAUUCUAAAGAUAUUAUUAGUGCAAGAAUGCAAGAAUAUGAGUUGAAAACUUCACCUGUACUUAAAGAAUUCUAAAAAAGAUAAAAAACUUGGGAUUUCGAAGCUAAGAAAGGAGUUAAUGAUUAUUAGAACUUCUUAAAAGAAUUAAAACCAAGACUAGAUAAGAUUUGA